AUGUAUGAUAUGGAAGAUGAUCAGUAUGAGGAGGAAGAAGUAGAAGAAAUUUCAUCUGAGCUUUGGCAAGAAGCUUGCUGGAUCGUCAUCAAUGCUUAUUUUGAUGAAAAAGGCUUAGUGCGACAACAACUGGACAGUUUUGAUGAAUUUAUACAGAUGUCCGUGCAACGAAUCGUUGAGGAUUCCCCUCCUAUUGAACUUCAGGCAGAAGCUCAGCAUUCUUCUGGUGAAAUUGAAACUCCACCGAAAUAUCACCUUAAAUUUGAUCAAAUAUAUCUUUCAAAACCAACCCACUGGGAAAAAGAUGGUGCACCUUCACCUAUGAUGCCAAAUGAAGCCCGUUUACGCAAUUUAACAUAUUCGGCUCCUUUGUAUGUGGAUAUUACAAAAACAAUUGUAAAGGAAAACGAAGAUCCAAUUGAAACUCAACAUCAAAAAACUUUCAUUGGAAAAAUACCAAUUAUGCUUAGAUCUACUUAUUGUUUGUUGAGCAAUUUAACUGAUCGUGAUUUAACAGAGUUAAAUGAAUGCCCUUUGGAUCCAGGUGGCUACUUUAUUAUCAAUGGUUCUGAAAAAGUAUUAAUAGCUCAGGAAAAAAUGGCUACCAACACAGUAUAUGUAUUUAGUAUGCAAGGUGGUAAAUUUGCUUAUAAAACUGAAAUACGCUCAUGUCUAGAACAUAGUUCAAGACCGACUUCAACUUUAUGGGUGAACAUGAUGGCCAGGGGAGGGCAAAGCAUUAAAAAAUCGGCUAUUGGGCAGAGAAUUGUGGCUAUAGUACCAUACAUAAAGCAAGAAAUUCCCAUAAUGAUUGUAUUUAGAGCUCUUGGUUUUGUAGCUGAUAGAGAUAUCUUAGAACAUAUAAUUUAUGACUUUGAUGAUCCUGAAAUGAUGGAAAUGGUAAAGCCUUCAUUAGAUGAAGCCUUUGUCAUACAAGAACAGAAUGUCGCUCUUAGUUUUAUUGGUGCUCGUGGGGCACGUCCAGGUGUCACAAAAGAGAGACGUAUAAAAUAUGCAAGAGAAAUUUUACAAAAAGAAAUGUUACCACAUGUUGGUGUAUCAGACUUUUGUGAAACUAAGAAGGCUUACUUUUUGGGUUAUAUGGUACACAGAUUGCUAUUGGCUGCUUUAGGACGCCGUGAACUUGACGACAGAGAUCAUUACGGGAACAAACGACUUGACUUGGCUGGACCUUUAUUGGCCUUUCUCUUUAGAGGUCUAUUUAAAAAUUUAUUGAAAGAAGUAAGAAUGUAUGCUCAGAAAUUUAUUGAUAAAGGAAAGGAUUUCAAUCUGGAAUUGGCUAUCAAAACGAAAAUCAUUACUGAUGGUUUAAGGUACUCCUUGGCAACAGGUAAUUGGGGAGAUCAAAAGAAAGCUCAUCAAGCUAGAGCUGGAGUAUCCCAAGUAUUAAACCGAUUAACUUUUGCAUCAACUUUAUCUCACUUACGACGUGUUAACUCCCCAAUAGGUCGUGAUGGCAAAUUGGCUAAACCUCGUCAGUUACAUAACACACUUUGGGGUAUGAUAUGUCCCGCCGAAACUCCAGAAGGGGCAGCUGUAGGUUUGGUAAAAAAUUUGGCUCUAAUGGCUUAUAUUUCAGUAGGAAGCCAGCCUUCUCCUAUAUUAGAGUUCUUAGAGGAGUGGUCUAUGGAAAACUUAGAAGAAAUAGCUCCUUCAGCCAUCGCUGAUGCAACAAAAAUAUUUGUAAAUGGUUGUUGGGUAGGUAUUCAUAGAGACCCUGAACAACUUAUGGCUACACUACGUAAACUGCGCCGUCAAAUGGAUAUUAUUGUCUCAGAAGUUAGUAUGAUUCGAGACAUUAGAGACAGAGAAAUAAGAAUUUAUACUGAUGCUGGUAGAAUUUGUCGCCCUCUAUUGAUAGUAGAGAAUGGAGCCUUGUUAUUAAAGAAAAAACACAUUGAUCAAUUGAAAGAGAGGGAUUACAAUAAUUAUGGAUGGCAAAACCUGGUAGCCAGUGGUGUUGUAGAGUAUAUUGAUACUUUGGAAGAAGAAACUGUGAUGAUAGCUAUGAGCCCCGACGAUUUAGCUCAAGUAAAGGAGUAUGCUUAUUGUACUACUUACACUCAUUGUGAAAUCCACCCUGCUAUGAUAUUAGGUGUUUGUGCUUCUAUUAUUCCUUUCCCAGAUCAUAACCAAAGUCCCAGAAAUACCUAUCAGAGUGCUAUGGGUAAACAAGCUAUGGGAGUUUAUAUUACAAACUAUCAUGUUAGAAUGGAUACAUUGGCUCAUGUACUUUAUUACCCACAUAAACCUCUCGUCACUACAAGAUCUAUGGAAUAUCUACGAUUCAGAGAAUUGCCUGCUGGUAUCAAUUCUAUUGUUGCCAUUUUGUGUUACACUGGAUAUAACCAGGAAGAUAGUGUCAUCUUAAAUGCUUCUGCUGUUGAAAGAGGAUUUUUCAGAUCAGUAUUUUAUCGUUCAUAUAAAGAUUCAGAGUCUAAAAGAAUUGGAGAUCAAGAAGAACAAUUUGAAAAACCGACAAGACAAACUUGUCAAGGUAUGAGAAAUGCUCUCUAUGACAAAUUAGAUGAUGAUGGAAUUAUCGCCCCCGGUAUAAGAGUAUCUGGAGAUGACGUAGUAAUUGGAAAAACAAUAACCUUGCCUGAGAAUGACGACGAGCUAGAAGGUACUACCAAACGCUACAGUAAACGUGAUGCAUCAACGUUCUUACGGAACAGUGAAACUGGUAUUGUUGAUCAAGUUAUGUUGACAUUAAAUAGCGAAGGAUAUAAAUUUUGCAAAAUUCGAGUAAGGUCUGUGCGUAUCCCGCAAAUUGGAGAUAAGUUCGCUUCUCGACACGGGCAAAAGGGAACAUGUGGUAUUCAGUAUCGUCAAGAAGACAUGCCAUUUACUUGCGAGGGCUUAACUCCUGAUAUUAUUAUUAAUCCACACGCUAUUCCAUCUCGUAUGACAAUUGGUCAUUUGAUUGAAUGCAUUCAAGGGAAAGUAUCGUCAAACAAAGGAGAAAUCGGUGAUGCGACACCGUUUAACGACGCCGUAAACGUGCAGAAAAUUUCAUCUUUGCUUCAGGAAUAUGGCUAUCAUCUACGAGGCAAUGAGGUGAUGUACAAUGGUCAUACCGGCCGAAAGAUUAACGCUCAAGUAUUCUUGGGACCUACAUAUUACCAACGUCUUAAGCAUAUGGUGGACGAUAAAAUUCAUUCUCGAGCUAGAGGACCAGUGCAAAUUUUAGUUCGACAACCUAUGGAAGGAAGAGCUCGUGAUGGAGGACUGCGUUUUGGAGAAAUGGAACGUGAUUGUCAAAUUGCCCAUGGUGCUGCUCAAUUCUUGAGAGAACGUCUCUUCGAAGUUUCUGAUCCAUAUCGCAUUCACGUUUGUAAUUUCUGUGGUCUAAUAGCUAUUGCUAAUUUAAGAAAUAAUACCUUUGAAUGUAAGGGUUGCAAAAACAAAACCCAGAUAUCGCAAGUUCGACUUCCUUAUGCUGCUAAACUGCUUUUCCAAGAGCUCAUGUCCAUGAAUAUUGCACCUAGACUUAUGGUAGUAAGC